UCUUCUAUUUUGCUAGACGUAUAUUUAGCCAUGGACUCCAUCUUUCUCCUCAGCCCCAAGGCCCGCCGACCGUUCCUCUGCCGCGCCGGCAGCUCGUUGGGAUGCUCUUAUAUUUGCUUAUGGAUUCCUCUUCCUCUUCACUAUUUAUCAGCUACCAAUAGCUAUUACUUCGCAUCCAAGGAUGGAUGGCACCACGAAGACAAUGGCGGUCGGCCUAGUUCCUCUUCGGUCAUCUCCUCGAACACUAAAAGCCUCUUUGAAACCUACACUGGAUCUCUUAUCAACAUCCAGCACUCUAGUUCUGUUCCAGGAUUGGCAUACAUGAACAACCUUCCCUGCGUCGAACUAGGCGAAUCGGACCUCAUUGACUUGGCUUUGUUGCGAGUUCAACGACAAUUCUAUCAGGAAGCUGGAAUUAUGACUGCGAUUUUUCUGCGAUGCGCGAGCGGAGAAAUAGAAAUCGGCACAACGAUAUCCAGAAAUUAUGCAAACUUGCAUAUGAAUGCCCAGAAAGUAUUCACUCAGGAGUUCAUACAGCAUUCACAACUCGGAGAGGAGUUGCGGCCAAUGACACCGCUUAUAGGCCACAAUCGAUCGAAUUCUUCAUCGCCACUAGUUUCGUCUAACAAAGUUGAAAGCCCAGAGCAUGUAUCUCCUCUUCUACCAUACCAUAUAACGGCAAAGGCCUACUCUAACACUUCUCGAGACGAUGAAGUGAUCGCGAGAGCCAUAUUCGCUGUCAUCUCCUCGACUACUAAUACCUCCUAUAAGCUAUCGUCUAAGGCUGCUACAAAAGCAUUUGAACCUUAUGAUAAAACCAAUAGAGGUUCAUGUUUUGCACCUAUUACUGAUGGACAGAGGAUGAUUAAAAGGAUGUCUAGCCUGCUGAGGAACAUAAGCAAAGUAGGGUUUGAAGCGCAAAUGCAAGAGGUUCGGGCCGCUACAAGUAACAACAACCACUUGCUUCACACGAUAUCAGAACGCCGGCGUCGCGAGAAAAUCAAUGAGAACUUUGAGACUCUUAGAAUGGUACUCCCACAAGGGACCAAGAAGGACAAGGCAUCAGUGCUUACCAAUGCUAAGAACUUUGUAAACACAUUGAAAACCCAAAUAUCGAAGCUCGAGGAGAGGAAUCAACAACUAGAGAUGCAGAUUAAACUUGAUGAGCAUGAACAUGAUUCAAAUACUGAAAGAGUGGAAGUUUAUGUAGCCGAAUCAACAUCCGAAUCGACAUCUACAAGCAAGCAAAUCACACUCUCAAUAAUAGUGAGGACCGAAUGCAACAUGAUAAGUUUGAUUCUUUCUGUACUUGAAUGUCUGAACAAGAAGGCCGAUUUGAGUUUGGUAGCGAUAGAGGCAAGCGAAAGAACUCGGCGACCAAAUAUUCACAUGAAAGCAAGCAUCACAGUGUCGGUUAAGGUUUGCGACUGCGACAAGGAGUUAUUCAAGGAAGUUGUGGUGGAGGCAGUGAAUGAUGAAUUGGACAAAGCAAGAGCUUCUACCAUUGUUGUUUGAUGUGUGUUUCCAUACAGAUUUUUCAUGCAAUGAAUUCUAUGCUAAUCAUCAGAUAUCCUGAUGCCAUAUUCAACUUGUUCUACCUAGCAGUUUACUCGGUUGGUUAGUCUAGCUCGAAAACCGACAAGAGUGCU